AUGUCUUUACUGGACGGGUUGGCGCAGCUGCCAGCUGAGUUGCUACUCAUAUGGCACGACCAUCGCGUUCCAAUCCUCUUCUCGGCCAUUGCUUUAGCAGCAAUUGUGCGCCUCGCGAUAUAUGCACGCGGUCGCCGCGACAAGGUCUCCGCCUCACCUUUGCCUGGAACGCCAAUCGAGAAGAAGAAGAUUGAGCUCAGGCCAGAAUGGCUACCGGAAAAUACGACGUUCAACGCCUCGGCGCUGAAUGUGGACGGCCAUGCAGAGGAUGACACAGGCGCAGUCGCGACCGUCGCAAAGAUCAAGAAGGGGCCGAAGACUGUUAAAGGCAAAAAGACACCUAAGAAGACAGGAGUCCCAGCGCCUAGCUUCAACCACACGACAGACAAAAUCCAGCCUGUGGUCUUCUUCCAGUCACUAUCUGGCACCACCGAACGCUACGCUAAAGAAUUCGCAAAGGUCCUCACCGAAUGGACAACAGGCUGCGACCAGGCUUCGUCUUUCCUCGAACUGCAACUGCAUGACAUCUCCUACAUCGAAUAUGACGACUUCUUCAUCAGCCCGCCGAAAGUCGACGCCAACGUCAAACAAUUCUACAUCAUUCUUCUCCCAACUUACAACAUCGAUACCGUACUGGACAACUUCCUCGAAAAUCUUCAAGAGACGCACAACGACUUCAGGAUAGACACGGCACCGCUGCGCUCAUUGCUGGGAUACUCUGUUUUUGGCUUUGGAGACAAGGAAGGAUGGCCGACAGAAGAGGAGGGCUUUUGCAGUCAGUCGAGGGAGGUGGACAAGUGGAUGGCAAGGCUCACGGGAAGAAAGAGGGCUUACCCACUGGGUAUGGGUGACACGAAGACGGACGCAGCCGACCGACUACAAGAGUGGCGACUGGGCGUUCAAGAAGCACUUGUCGAGAUUGCAGAAGGUCGUGGUUUGGGAGAGGGCGUUGUUGGAAGCGGAGAUCCAGCUGAGAGUGACGAGGAGGAGGACAUAGAAGACGGUACUGGGCAAAGCACCCGAGUUGACGAGAUCGAGGAAUUGGGCUCCAUGGUCGACUCUUCAUCAACCCCCAUCCCAGUGGACUUCACAACCUACAAGUCAAAGUCGAAGCCCCUCGUAAAGUCCUCCGCCGCGCCCAAAGAAAUGGUCCCCACAACCUCCCCAACCCACGCCGCCCUCACAAAACAAGGGUACUCAAUAAUCGGUUCCCAUUCCGGCGUCAAAAUCUGCCGCUGGACAAAAUCCGCCCUCCGAGGCCGCGGCUCAUGCUACAAAUACUCCUUCUACGGCAUCGCCUCGCACCUCUGCAUGGAAGCCACGCCUUCCCUCUCCUGCUCCAACAAAUGCGUCUUCUGCUGGCGCCACGGCACCAACCCCGUCGGCACAACCUGGCGCUGGAUCACCGACGCCCCGGACCUCAUCUUCGACGGCAUCACCGCCGCGCACUACAAGAAGAUCAAAAUGAUGAAAGGCGUGCCCGGCGUGCGCGCCGAGCGCUUCGCGGAAGCUAUGCGCAUCAGACACUGCGCGCUGAGUCUCGUCGGCGAACCCAUCUUCUACCCGCACAUCAACGAAUUGCUGGAAAUCAUGCACUCCAAUCGUAUAUCCACCUUCCUCGUCUGCAACGCCCAGCACCCCGCGCAACUCGCCUCGCUCGUGCCCGUCACGCAGUUAUACGUCUCCAUCGACGCAUCCAACAAGGAAUCACUCCGCAAAAUCGACCGCCCGCUGCACAGAGACUUCUGGGAGCGAUUCUGCGCGUGCCUGGAUAUCUUACGCAACCGCCGCUUCGAGCAGCGCACUGUCUUCCGCCUCACGCUCGUCAAGGGCUUCAACAUGGCCGAGGAAGUGCGCGGGUAUGCGGACCUCGUGGAGCGCGCGCUGCCGGGCUUCGUGGAAGUCAAGGGCGUGACGUACUGCGGCACUUCAGCUGCAGGCGAUGCGGGCUUGACGAUGCAGAACGUACCGUUUUACGAGGAAGUCGCCGAGUUUGUGACGGAGCUGGAAAAAGAACUCAGCAGCCGCGGCCUCACGUAUGGUAUUGGCGCGGAGCAUGCGCAUAGUUGUUGUGUGUUGUUGGCGGAUAGGACGCGCUUUAUGCCGAAUGGAAAGUGGGCGACGAGAAUCGACUUUGAGCGCUUUUUCGAUCUGUAUGAGGGUAAGGUGGAGGGGACGAGGGUCGAGGAUGGGAAGGUGGUGGGCUGGAGGCCCGAGGAUUAUGUGGGUGAUGAGACGCCGGAGUGGGCGCUUUGGGGGAAUGGCGGGUUUGAUCCGAGGGACCAGAGGGUGUAUAGGAAGGGCAAGGGGCCGAAGAAUGAUGAAGAGGGUGACGGUGGGAAAGUGAUUGAGAUCAAGGCGAAGAAUGAGGCUUUAGAGUUUUAG